AUGGCCCGCGUUACGUCAACGACUUUGGGUGCCUCCAAAGACCGUUCCACUAAACAUGGCUCCCGCUGGACGUACGGAUUGCGCCUCCAAGUAUGGAAGACUAGUGUUUUCGUUUUUGCAAUCUGCGCUUCCUCCGUCUUCUCCAUCAAUCUGGCCUUCACCAUCUGGAGCUUGGCCACUUGGCACACAAACAUGGGAAACUUGUAUGAAGGAGAUUGUGGCCGUGUAAAGGUACUCAACUCUGCUGUGCACGUGCUGAUCAACAUUCUGAGCACGAUCCUGUUCACGGCAAGCAACUACUGUAUGCAGUGCCUGUCUGCGCCGACUAGAUCUGCAGUGGACAAGGCACACAUGCAGAGUGAAUGGCUUGAUAUUGGCAUCUCAAGCAUGCGCAACCUGAAGCACAUCAAGCGGCAAGAUCUGAUCCUUUGGCUGCUUCUCGCAAUCACGUCACUUCCUCUCCACUUACUCUACAACUCAGCCGUCUAUGCGUCGAUAUCAUCCAAUAGCUAUUUUGCCUUCUCAGUAAGCGAAUCUUUCGUAAACAGUGCCGAGUGUAUCAAUUGUGCGACGCAGCCCAACCUCUACACGAACUUGACAAACGAUUCUAUCUUCAAAGGAUAUCCCAAUGGCGAAUUUCCAGAAAUCUUGCAUAGUCUGUGGUCUCGCGCGCAAAACGGCUCCCUGGCCAGGCUCGAGCCUGCUGAAUGCAUCGAUGAGUACGCUACCGCGAUUCAGUCAUUCAGACGGAAUGUACUUUUGGUUGCUCGCGACGAGGACAUGCCACCUCAGCACGAGAACACCUUCAUCAACGAUUCCUAUGUUUACGAUGCUGUCGCAUUCGCGUCCAUCUACGCAAAGAAUCCAGAACAGUCUGCAGAUGCUUAUCGAUGGAUAUGCUCAGGCCUACCUCCUAAAGAAAACAACGACCAUUGCACAGACCGGAUAUCAGAAAUUCGGUCGAACACGUCUGCAUGGAGAGUCGGUGGGGACGGCUGCUACUCAGUCCAAGAUGCCAGCAACCCGCACAUAUGGACGAGUGGAUGCUCGGAUUUUUCAGACACCAAGAAAUACCCCGUAUCUUUUUGCCUGAGCGAAACAGCACCGUCACGCUGCAAGGUCCGAUUCAACUCCACCAUCUUGGUGAUUGUCACUGUCGUCAACUUCCUAAAAGCUAUCCUGAUGUUUUACAUCGUCUUCAAGCCGUUCGAUCAGCCGCUCCUUACCAUGGGAGACGCAGUGGCAUCAUUCCUAGACGAUCCAGACCCAAGCACUCGUGAUAUGUGCUUGUUGUCCAUACGUGAUACCAGGCAUGGCCAUUUUCGCGCUGGUGUCAGGCGUUGGUUGACGCCGAAGGCAUCAUGGAUGGAUGCGAUGAGUAAGACCCGUCGCACCAUAACCAUUACGAUGUACGCCGCUGCUAUAGCAGUGUCUUUAUAUCUGCUAUGGUUCAGCAUACAUAAAUUACCGAAAGCUACAUCUGUUUCGCCUGCUGGCCUUGCCAGCCUCGGCUUCGGCGCCGUGGACCCACGCACCAUGAUCAUCGGCGGUCUGGGAAACACAAAUCUGAUUGCGAACACUCUAAUCGCAAACACCCCACAGCUCAUCAUUUCUUUCCUGAACUACUUUUACAACGCCCAUUUCACAGCCAUGCUCCUGGGCUACGAGUGGAUCUCCUACGCACUCAAACGCAAAGGUCUUCGCGUAUCGCAAUCUCCACAAGGCAAGCAGCGGUCCACCUACUUUUUACAGUUGCCGUACAGAGUUAGUGUGCCGUUGAUGAUCAUGGGCGGUACGCUGCACUGGCUCGUUUCACAGAGUAUUUUUCUCGUCUCAAUCGACCUCUACGACUACAUGGACAACCGCAGCGCAGCAGGGCAGCAGUGGCUCAAGGACGAGGCGUAUGACCCCAGAGACGAGUUGAUGAGCAUCACAACUUGUGGAUAUUCGCCCCUUGCCAUUAUCUGUGUCAUCGUGUUCGGUUCGCUCAUGUUCAUCGCAUUGUUGGCAGUGGGCUUUGUACCGUACAAGCGUGUUAUGCCACUUGCAAGCAGUUGCAGCAUGGCCAUUAGUGCGGCAUGUCAUCCUGAAAGCGAGACCAGAGUCUCAACGCACGAGGUACAAUGGGGGGUCUUGAAAGCUAGUGAUAACCCCGACGAUGUUGGGCAUUGUUCUUUCUCUAAAGGUCCAGUUAGUCAACCUGUGGUUGGACAUCUUUACAUCUGAAAUAUACUGUAGAAGCUUAGAGCUAUGUCCUAGAAUUAGUUUUAUUAAUCAUAAAUUACAACAUGCAAAGGCGAAACUAGUACGCCGCCA